UAUUACGGUCGCGCGUGCAAUACCGUCGGACGCGGCCGACGUCCGAGUCGAACGCAAACGAGGAAACCCGGUCCGUCCAAUAGGUUUUUUUUUAUUAUUAUAAUACCUAUACCAUAUAUUACACCGCGCCGGUGACGUGCCGAUGUAGACGAUCUUCUCGUCCGCUGGUUGCCGCUGCGCGUAGUGCUGUUCGUCCGCGUAUUAUAGGUAUUUGGAUCUUCGUCGGCGUGGGAUGUGUCGGGAAUUUAAGGAUUAAAGGCGACAUCUGAUGGGAAAUAAAACUGAUGGGACUUCGAAGUUCAUCGCUGGCCAAGAAGAACGACGAUACACUGACAUGGGUGUUGCACAGAAGAGACUUUUGUCAACAAGAUUCCAGCCAGAAGCCUCAUGAAAAGUUACGCGGAUCAACAUCGUCCGAGUACCGUGGAAGAAGGCACAAUAACCAUGUUCAGAGAAAAAGGAGAAACCACGUGCACUCAAACAUAUUGGACUACGGCAAGCCCGAUCAGACGUAUGGCUACGGAAUAUCUGAUUUAGACGAUUUCCUCUCAAAAUCGUCGAUCGGCCGACCGGGAAACAUACCGAUGGUGCUGUGCACGGGCUGUCUGCUGUACCAGACGCAGCUGGACGACCAUUACCAGACGGAAGUGGCGCUUCCGCUGGGCAUGGUGGUGAACGCGGUGUUCAAGAACGAGCAGUGGCUGUACGUGCAGACGCCGCACGCCGAAGAGGGGUACAUACCGUACGGAAGCUGCUUGCCGCUCGGCAUCGUGCCGCCGCCGGAAGCGGCCCGGGCGCCGUGCUGGGAGACCCAGUCGGACGUGUUCCCCAGACCGGUGGGCGACCGUCGGCGUCGCGGCGGCCACCGGGGCGGAAGCGUCGUCGGCGGCGGUGGCGACGUUUACGACGACGACGACGACGACGACGACGACGACGACGACGACUAUGACGACCAAGACGUGGCCACGUUGCUGCAGUUCCGGCGUCGCACGCGCUGCGGACGGCAGCUGCACCAGCCUCCGUCGUCGUCGUCGUUGUCGACACCGCCGCCGCCGAUCCGGCGACCCUCUGCCGCCGCCACUAGGUCCGUCACCGGAUACGGAUACUUGUGACGGCGAUGAUCGUAUAUAAUAUUAUGUAAACGUUUUCAUUAUCGAUAUACGUCACUCGCCGCGGUCCAAAUCGCAGUGGCGUCAAAAUCGAGGGCCGGCGCCGGGCAGUGGCGUUAAGGCGCGGAAGUGGUGACGCGCUCGCCCGUAUAAAAUUCGACCGGUUUAAAAUCCUAGGCUGGUACGACCGCGCGAUGUACUAUGCAUUGUCGUUUUUUUUUUUUUUUGUAUAUUGUUACGAUUAUAUGCGACUUUGCUGUUUUACUGACCUGAUAAUAUAAUAUAAUAUUAUACAUUUUA